AUGUUUGUUAGACUCUUUCUCAUGUUUUGUGCGCUCGCACUUGGCGCACUCGCCGAUAGACAUCACUUCUGCUGGUGCAACAGCGAGCAAGUACCAGACCACGACCUCUGCUUGACGCAAGCCGCUUGCAACUAUUAUCCACAAGACAAGUUUUUCGGCGUGCACUACGGCGACCCGAACGCGCCAACUAUUUCCAAGAUGAACUUUAAGAAGCAAGAGUGCUAUGGCACGCGCGCAUGGCCCAUCAUCCCGCACCCCUUCCUCGGAGGCAACGAAUUUGAAGAUGCGUGUUACGCUGCCGCGGCGGAUCCCGCCGUCAUCAAUGCGUGCGGCAUCUCACCGGGAACACGAACCAAAAUCAAGUCUCGUUGUUCUCACGGAUUUGACUAA